UUGUGUCUCAUCUCAUUCAUUAAUUAUGCCUAGCCAUACCAACGGACUGGUGGGACUUAUCGUGAUUUUAGCCCAGCUGAUACAGGGCAGUGCCAGUGGUGAUUUCAUAGAUCUGAAUGAAUACCUCAAGUUCCCCAAACUCUACGAUUACGAUCAUUUUGGAGACUGUCGUAGAACAAAUCAGAACCAGUUCGUCUAUUGCCUCGUCCAAGUUCACUUCAAACCCAACGAAAGUUCGGCUCUGUGGCGCAAUAUAAGUAAAUUUUCCGAAGAUCAGCGCCAUUACGAUCACCGGAUCCAAGAGCGAGGAAUUUGUGUACCGACAUGUGAGAAAAAGCUGAACCAAGAUCUCAGCUUGCAGAAACAUCAUUCGCAUGCCGAUUUGCUGAAACUUUGCAUCGGCCAGGAGCUGGAACGUGAUUUCGGAUUGCAGAUCGAACCAAAUCUUGAUCUACAGCGUUGCUUCAGCGCAAAUGACGUGGCACCGUCUCUCGACUUCCUGGAGGUAACGUUCAUCAUCGUAAGUGCCGUUCUGCUGGCCCUCACAAUCUGCUCGACAUGGAUCGAUCUCGGAAUCCGGGCAGACACCGGAUUCCCGCAGAACUACUUCCGGAAACCUCACUGCACCCGACGCCACAAGCUUCUGACGGCAUUCUCCCUACCACGGAACGUCCAGAGACUGAAAGAACCGGCGAAUACCGUCGUAAGACAGGAUUUACUCUUCUUGGAAGCGUUCCGCUUCAUUCAGAUGAACCGAGUUAUUGAUCUUCACGUAACAUUGGCGGUGGUAAAGAUACCAAAGCUGAAUCCUGAGGCGAUCGAGGAGAUAUUCUACAAUCCUUGGAUAGUGCAUUACGUGGCCGAGUUUCAGCACUACGUGCAGACGUUUUUCUCGAUUUCCGGAAUGCUGUUGAUGAUUAAUUUUCUGGAACAUGUGAGAAAGAAUCCCCAGUUUGAUGCGGGCUAUCUGUGGAAGCGAUUGCGUGCUCGGUUGUAUCGGAUCAUUCCGGCUUACUGGUUCAUGUUGCUGCUGGAGGCGUCCAUCGUGAGGAGAUUCUCUAAGGAUCCUUUGGGGGAGCAGUUUGUCAUGGAUUCGUAUCAGAAGUGCCGAAGGCUUUGGUGGACCAAUUUGUUUUUCUUGAACAAUUAUUUCGGAACACAUGAACCGUGCAUGAUCCAAGCAUGGUACCUGGCAGCUGAUCUGCAACUGUUUGUGAUGGCUCUUCUGAUUUUGGCUUUCAUCUGGCGAUGGCCACUUUUGCAGAAAUACAUUUUCACAGCAGCUAUUCUUGGUGGAGUUUGUUACACGACGGUGAUCGCCUACAUAAGAAAUUACCCUCCGGUGAUGAUAGACGAUCUUAAAUUGGCCAAAGAGUACAAUUUUGGUAAUCCGUACUUCGAACUGUACCAACCUUUUCACCUAAACAUAGCGAUUUUUGUCGCCGGAAUGCUGGCCGGAAGUAUCUAUCAUCGAUUCCGGGAAUCCCGAGCCACCAUCCUAAGAUCCCCACUGAUGAUGGUAAUCUUCUAUUCAGCCCUAGUGAUCUACUUUGCCGGUUGUUUCAGCGACUUCUGGAUAGUUGAACACCGGGCCACAAUUCCGACCAUCCUGCUCGCAAUCUAUGCCACCCUCUACAAACACUCCUGGGGACUGCUGAGUACGGUCAUUCAACUGUGGACAUCCCUGGCCUCUCGCAAAGCCACCUUCAAGGCCUUCUUCAGCCAUCCUUUUUUUGCCGUUUGCGGAAAACUUUGCUACAGCUUCUAUCUGGUGCACUUCACCAUAAUUCUGCAGACGGCCGGCUCUGAGGGACAUCCCUGGUUUUUUACCGUUGGAAAAACUAUCGACAUGAUGUGGAACGUAAGCUUCCGGACGCUGAUUUACGGCUUUCUGCUGUGUGUUUGCAUUGAGCUGCCCUCGGGUGUGCUACUGAAAGAGUACUUCGAAAGUGAUAAAACUGGCACUUAGCCAACCGUAGCAUCGCGAACUUGCUUCUGUGUACAAAGUUGAGGCUCAGGGUUACCG